CAAUAAAGGUGUACCUCAACUCAGACGCGUACUUGCGUAUACUACUGAUAACACACUAUACUAUUGUUAUUUUAUAAGACGUAUUCCCCUCCUUCGUUUCUUAAGGGGUUCUCACUGUAGGUUCAACGAACCGACAAACAACCCCGAGGUCAUCACCACCUUUGAAACUAUGAGUUCACCAACAACCGGGUCGGCGUCGGCAGAAGCCGUCGCAGAAGCUGCAUUCCACGUAUAUUUAGAGCAGCGGCAAAUUAGGAACGCGAAAGUGUUGGUGCACUACGCAGCAGGACUGAGUGCCCUCAUCGGCGUCUUCAUCAUUUCUCAUUGGCUUCAUUUAUUAGCUAUCAGACUUGGCUGGUCUCGUAAGCCAAUCUUUCUACCUUUCGUUGCCAUUGCAAGAGUUUCCAGGAGAACAUUUAUACAAAGUCUACCUGGCUUUACCUCUGUCGGGCAUGCCGUCCUGGUGACCGCCUAUGUGGCUCUUAAUGUCCUGUUUAGCUUCUACAAUGUCGAUUAUAGCAAGGCUACGGACCUAUGUGCCCGGUUCGGCUGGAUGGCAACAGGUAAUAUGGUCUUGGUAGUCUUCCUCGCACUGAAGAAUACACCUUUAGCGAUUUUUACGGCUUACUCUUAUGAACGACUUAAUGUCUUACAUCAAACUGCCGGAUAUACCACAUUGCUAUACACCAUUUUACAUGCCGCUAUCUACACGGCCUACUUUUUCAAAGAAGGAAUGGUAUACAUCCUCCGAUUGGAUAUUGUCACUGCCGGCAUCAUCCUUGGGUUUGCCCUGCUGUUCUCUGUCCUCGCCGGUAUGACUCUGAGGCAUAUUAAGUAUGAACUCUUCUACGUCAUACAUGUGGCCCUUUUUGUCGUUAUUGUCGUUACCCUGGGUCUGCAUCGUCCCAAUUUCAAUCCUGACAGGACAUUAUACGCGACCGUAAUUAUUGGUGCGUUAUGGUUUGCCGAUCGCCUUAUUCGGUUCUGUCGACUUGUGUAUAACAGCAUCAACAACGAAGCCAAUGUUUACGCUCUCCCGAACGGCGGUACGAGAAUAGUUCUCAAGAAGCCCUUACUACGCGCGCGACCCGGAAAGCACUGCUAUGUUUGGCUACCACGAAUUCGCGCCUUUGAAACUCAUCCUUUCACCAUUGUCGCGAAUGAACCUAUGGAACUCGUCAUCAACACAUACAGUGGCUUUACUAAGGCUCUUCAUAAAUACGCACUAAAAAACCCCGGAGCCAGUCUUAAGGUCUCGGUAGAAGGUCCUUACGGCACAUUACCCGAUCCUAUGGACUUCGACAGAGUCGUUCUGGUUGCAGGUGGCUCUGGCGCAACGUUCACGUUCGGAAUGGCAGCUGAUAUGCUGGCACGAAUGUCUGAAAACUCUAAACAACGAAUUGACUUUAUCUGGGCUGUCAAGGGUCACGAAAAUCUAUCGUGGUUUACGCAACACCUUCAAAACCUUAGCAAUCAUGUCCAUGCCCCCAAAAUCGCCCUUAAGCUUCAUCUUACAAGAUUCGCGCCCUCGUCGUCCAUUAACCGAGACGACUCUAUAGAACGACGGUCAACGUCAGUUGCCUCUGCAGAUAUGAAACCUUCAAACCUGGAAAGGGGCAAUGAUAAUUUCGCCAUCAGCGGCCCUGGCUCUUCGGCUGUUACUCGGUAUGAAUCCGACAAAGAUGAAAAGGAUAUGGAAGCGAUGCGCCAUCAGGAGAUCCCCUCAGCGGCAACAAGCACUACAAUGUUACCCAUUGUUCAUGGUCGGCCCGACACAGAGGCCGAAAUCAGAGCUGCAGUUGAGUCUCUGAGUAAUGAUCAACGAGUCCUCAUCGCUGCUUGUGGACCUAGUAGCUUGACUAAGAUAGUCCGCGACAUUGGGGCUAGCUACAUCAAGGUUGACGGACCUGCAGUUGAGGUUCACUGCGAACAAUUCGGUUGGUGAUUUCGGGUUUCUUUUCCAUUACGUAUCUAUGAGAGACUUGAGAUGAUCUAUUAUCACCUAUGAUUUUACUUGGCGUAGACGGCGCUAUUGGAUAUACCAUCUUACACCAGCUAUUAGCUACCUGGAACUGAGGGCGUUUGGUAGAAUUCGUACUACGAUUAUCGAUCUACGUAGACAUUGACACGUCACGUGUCUCUUAUUUAGGAUACAAAUAUAUCGAAUUUACUCGAACUUAUUAAUGCCC